AUGGUGUUCUUGAGGCGCAAGCUCAGCAUACCGCAACCGUCAGAGACUGAGACUCGGAAUCUAGCACCGGAACUCAACCAGUUCAAGCAGAACAAUGUAGCUCUUCAGGGGCAGAUCAUGUCACUAAUGGCAAAGUUGACCGAGUCAAAGAAGAAUGAGAGGGAGCUGCGGAGUACAUUGGGUAUGACCGAGAUGAGAUGCGCUGAAUGGGAAGACAAGGCUGCACAUGCCGACAAUCUCGCGAUGAAGAUCCAAGCCCUGGAGAACACCAUCGAAGAUCUUGAAAGUCGUCUCGAGAUUGCCAACACCAAUCGAAUUGACGCAGAGGAACAACUUUCCAACUUCCAAGGCCAGAAAUCGCCCUUUGACGUUACUUCGUCAAAGCUCGAGCCAGUAAUUUCGGACGCAGAUGUCGAUUCCAAGGAGAACUCGGUCGUGGCUGCCAUCGUUGCACGUGUUGAGCGACUUCAAGAGGAAGUGAGGGAGAAGAAUGCAUGCAUCGCUGAGUUAGAAGAAGAUCGUGAGCAGCUGCGACAGCAAUGCGAUCAGCUACGGCAAGAAAACAACAAACUGUCGAUACACUCAGAUAUCCAGGAAGAUCUUCUGCACAAGACGACACGAACGGGCUGA